AUGGAAGAAGUCUUGGUCAAUGAGACUCCUUACCUUUGCAGUCGCGUUCACAAAGAUUUUUACUGGUUUCACUCCCAACCAAAGUACAACGAAAGUCUCCCGGAAUAUAUCACAAAAGAAAUGCUAUCAGAGAUAGAGAAUGAAGAACCAACAAACAUCACAAAAGAAGGCGUUUCUUACGAUGAUAGUGCUGCUAAAUAUGGUUUAUACCCCCUGAAUGACUACUUGAAUCUGGUGCGAGCUAGCACACGAAAGUUUGCAUGCAUCAUAGUAAGUGGCCGCUGCAACGGUUAUGAUACCUCUAUCCCGUUGUUGUUCUGUGGUACAGACAAACCGCAUACUGUAGGGCAGCUUCAACUCGAAUAUAAGUACAAAAAAAAUGGCUCAUCGUCUUCCAUCGAGAGAUUACGGCAGGAACUGUCAGCAUAG